GAAAAACGGGAUAUUUACCGUUAUUUCUAACCAUUUGACCAUCUUGUGUGUUUGAUGUGCCAUGUUAAGAAAUACUUGUAUCAGAGAAAAAAUGUGAAAAACUUACCUAAAUUGAUGAAAUAAUUGAGCUUCUACCGAGAAUGCUUGAUUUGGUGAUGAAUAUGGAUCGGUUAAGCUGGAAAACUAUCCCUGAACCUCUACUGAUCAGGGUUCUUGGAUUCCUCACUGUGCCAGAUAUUGCCAAUGCAUCAGCCGUCUGCCAUAGGUGGUGUGAAAUAGCUUUGGAUAACGCACUGUGGCGGGGUAUCCUGAGAAGACGGUUUCGUCUCCGGAACCCUGGUCUGUGUUUACGAGUACCUGGAUCAACCUGGAGGGAAGAAUAUAAAAGAAUGCGGGAUAAUUCUCCAUCUGUCUGCUCCCAGGAGCUUUCAAACCACACAGACGAGGUUUUACAUGUUUCCUUUUCCAACUCUGGAGAACAGUUCGUAACCUGCUCAAAGGACGGAUCCGUAAUAAUCUGGAGAUUUAGUUCGGACUUUCAUGCCGAGCUAGAACAUCAGGAGAGUAUGCGGAGAUAUGAGUGGAAGUACACCUGGGCCUCCAGGUUCAACUGUUCCGAUACCCUCCUCCUCGUAGCUGGAGUUGUCUCCGAUAUCAACGGAGAGAUCGCUGUUUUCAUGAAAACAACCGACAAUGAGAAAAAUAAAUCAAAUUACAGUAUAUUAUGCCGUGUCUCCAACAACCCAUACGAUGUGAUGGGGGACUGGGUUUCAGAGUUCCAUUUCUUCUCCGGUCGGUUGAUAGAGUCUCCGGAUGUAGACGGAGCUAGCUCAGCCUUGUAUAUAUGUGAAGCAAACCCGUCCUUGAGUCUGAACCCUGAUAUAUCCUCCCCGUACGCUUCUAAUGUGAUAAAACAUGUUGUUCUUAGGAUGCAAGACGAGAAUAUUAAUUAUCUCCGAUGUCUCCAUGUAACGAAUAGAUCCAUGUUUAAAGAUGAUAAUGCCUUCACAGCGCUUAAUAAUAGAGUAGAGUUUAUUGAAGAAUUACAAGUUGAUGCACCCUGUUUACAGAUACUCACAGAGAAUAGAAUAUGCUUGGUAUUUUUAUCAAAUGCUGAGAGUUUAGCUCCUCAUCUUCUGGGAUUUUGUUUAGUUAAACCAGAAGAUCUUUCUAAUGUUCCUUUUAUCAGUUGUCCAGACAGGGUUAUAAAUAUGGAAGGUCAUAUUGUGGGUCUUGCCCUCUCUCCAGACUCUAGGUACCUGUAUGUGAACGUGAGACGGUGGCCGGAGAACUGUGAACCGAACCUACUGGAGAGUCCGGCCAUUGCGUCGGAGAUAGAGCUCCGGGUUGUAGAUUUAGAAAACCUUACUCUCAUGAAUACAGUUUACUCAGGACACAAAGGAUUUACAGACUCAAUGGGAGCUUUCUAUAUUUACAUCGACGUGAGUAAAGAUUUUGUGGGAAGCGGAAGUGAAGACGAGCUUCUAUUCUACUGGUCUAGAUACUAUGGUUGCCUGGUCUCGGAGCUAGAACAUAGCGCGUGUGUGAAUUCUACAGCCUUUUGUCCAUCCAACCAGCAGAUUAUCGUUACUGCCUCGGAUGAUCACAAAGUAAAGGUCUGGAAAUCUCGUGCACUGAUGCGGAAUAGAUCCAAGAGUGAAAUAGGGUGAAACUGCCCUGCAUAUCCAACAUAAUAUUAUUUAUCUAUAAUAAAUUAUUAUCAAACUGAACCAUUUUCAUGGUUCCACAAAAUAAUCAUCUCCCAUUUUGUAAAAGCAUGUUUUUUUAACUAGUGUUUCGUAAAAUUUGCUAAUAAAACAAUUUCAUGUGA